CAGAGCGCGUCCCCGGCAGCAUGGCGCCGUGGCUCCGCAGCGCAGCGACCUUGGUGGUCGGAGCGGGACUCGGAGCGGGACUCGGAGCUUCAGUGAGCCGCCUGUGGAGCCUCAGAGGCGGCGCGGGGGAGGACGGGGAACCCGGUACUCCUCCGGGUCUGCUGGGCCUCGUCCCGGUGCUCCCGGUACCGAGAGUCCAGGCCUCCGAGCUGACGGUGAGUCCAGGUGGGUCAGGAGCGCUGAUGAAGUACGGCUUUCCCUCAAUGGCCAACAUCAGAACCAGAGAGUCCUACGUCACCUCCUACGACCCCCGCACACGCACUGCAUCCUGGGUAAUAGAGAGGCUAGACCCUGCCUCCCUGAAUGGCCCAUCAGACAGGAAGUACUGCGACUUCAAAGAGGACGACAGCGUGCACGUCUUUCACAGGGCAACCAAUGCAGACUUUAGGGGGAGUGGCUUCGACAGAGGUCACCUGGCAGCUGCAGCCAAUCACAAGUGGAGUCAGAAAGCUAUGGAAGACACCUUUUACCUGAGCAACGUGGCACCACAGAACCCUCACCUGAACCAGAAGACCUGGAACAAUCUGGAGAAACUGUGUCGCUCUCUAACCAAACAUUACCUCAACGUCUACGUCUGCACCGGACCGCUCUACCUGCCCAGACCCGAGGCUGAUGGGAAACUCUACGUUCGAUAUCAAGUUUUAGGACGAAACCACGUCGCCGUGCCGACGCACUUCUUCAAGGUGCUGAUCCUGGAGCAGGUAGAUGGCAGGGGGGUGGAGCUUCGGUCUUACGUUUUACCAAAUGAACCAAUAGACGAGAAGGUUCCUCUGGAGCGUUUCCUGGUUCCCAUAGAAACCAUCGAGAGAGCGUCGGGACUUCACUUUGUCCCAAACAUCAUGAAGAGGACCAGCAGCCUGCAGGCCAUCACUGCCAGAUGAACUCCACUACCCACAAUGCACAUGUGUGUUUCUUUAAGGACUUCAUGUUCCCAGUAGUUAUGAAUCCAUAACCAAUCAUCUUCACUGCUCAGGAAACUCACCGUGUGAUCAUGUGACUUCUGUUGUUUGUAUGAAUCUGAAUGUUUGUAAAAAAUGUCAAAGUCAAUUCUUAAUAUAGAUAAUAAAUAAAGUGUUACUGUAAAUGAAAACUUAAUGUUUAAAAUAUCUAAAGCUGUUCUUUUCAGACACUCAAUGGCUUUAAUGUUAUCUGUGAAAUAAAAUAUAUAUAUAUAUACACACAGUAAAUAUAUUUCUAAAGGUUCUAUUGACAUGAAAUGUUCACCAGAUGUCGGUAACAACCCAAGUGAUCCAUACAUACAAAGACAACCAAACAAA